AUGAAGGUCUCAGUCGCUCUCCUGGCGGCGGCUGCUGGCAUCGACCAGACUUCUGCCACCCUGUUCGGCGCUGGUCUUAAGGCGGGCAUCGGAUUCAACCUGGGCCUUGAUUUCACUGGCGCGAGCCGGUUCACAUGCCCCCAGAUCAUUGACAACAAGUGCAUUCCCGACUGGGAGGCAGGCUGUGACUUUGGUGGGCUCGUGCUUGGCAAGGUUCUUGAGUUCAAGAAGAACCUGUUCAGCGGGUUCACCUGUGAGAACAGCUUCUUCAAGCGAGGCGAGCUCAAGGGUCGCACCUUUUUGCCUGGCAAGGUCAUUACUGGCGACUGCACCCACGAAAGGGAUGAAUGCCCCUCCAUCAGCCCCGGCCCGGACGCGGGCAUCGACAAGUACUCCAUCGACACGUUCGAGCUGACCACGUCGCUGGACGCGCGCAUGGAGUUUCACUAUCUGAUGCCCGGUGGCGAUAUCUGCAAGACCAGCCACGACUGCUCCUCGCAGGGCACCACUGUGCGUAACACCCAGUGCGGUGGCGCCAAGAAGGUCUGGUUCGUUUUCCCCAAGCAGGAUAAGCACAUUGGCAAGAAGUUCUGCAAGAUCGGCAUCCACAAGAUCCGCUGGCACUGCAAGGACAACAAGCCCAAGCCCACCCCGUCCACCACCCUUGCGACCACCUACACCCCUCCGCAGGAGACGAACACCAAGACGAUCCCCGGCAAGGACACCACGACCACUGUUCCUGGUGAGAAGACCACGGUGACUCCCAGCCAGCCCGGCGAGACGACCCCUGGACAGAGCACUCCCACCGAGACCAAGCCCGGCAAGACCACUCCUGGCGAGACUACUCCUGGCCAGAGCACGCCCACCGAGACGAAGCCCGGCAAGACCACCCCCGGUGAGACCACUCCCGGACAGACCACCCCCGGACAGACCACCCCCGGCCAGACCACUCCCGGCCAGAGCACUCCCACUCAGUCCACGCCCGGCGAGACCACUCCCGGCCAGAGCACUCCCUCCGAGACCAAGCCUGGUACUACUCCCGGACAGACCACUCCGGGACAGAGCACUCCCUCCGAGACCAAGCCUGGUACUACUCCCGGACAGACCACUCCGGGACAGAGCACUCCCUCCGAGACCAAGCCCGGCGAGACCACCCCCGGACAGACCACUCCCGGCCAGAGCACUCCUACCCAGACUAAGCCUGGCGAGACGACCCCCGCUCAGACGACCCCUACGCAGGAGACCACAACUUACAUGACCACCUCGACCGUUUUCACGACGUCCGUCACAACCAUCACAAGCUGUGCUCCCGAGAUCCCCCACUGCCCCGCGAAGUCCACUGGUGGAACUGCCGUCGUCACGGUCACCAUCCCUGUCAGCACCACCAUCUGCCCCGUCACUGAGAUCGUCACCAAGACCAAGCCGGCCCCCACGGGCGGCGUUCCGGGCACCACUGUUUCGCCACCUGGCGAGACCAAGCCUGGUGAAGAGCUCAAGCCCAGCGCCAGCCAGCCUGGUGGCAGCUCGCCGGCUCCUCAGCCGACCGGACCCCUGCCCUGCCCUGCCGUUCUCCCUCAGUGCCUGAACACCAAGUUGAUGGAGAAGGGUCUCAUGAACAAGUGCAAGGACAACACCAACGUCGCUUGCUACUGCUCCAACAAGGAGUUCAUCAAGGAGGUCUUCGACUGCAUCUACUCGUAUGGCAAGGAGGACAACAAGAUCUCGGAGUCUAUUGCCUUCCUCCAGGGCAUGUGCGCUCCUUGGGUUGGCGAGAACCCUGCGGUUGUCACUGGCGCAGACCCCAUCACCUCCAUCAUCACCGUCACUGGCACUCCCCGUGUCACCUCGGUUGACUACACCACCGUCGUCAUUGCCACGACCGUUGUCGAGCCCUGCGUCACGGGUGGCACCACGGUUCCUGGCAGCAGCACCACCAAGACCCUCUCCACGGAGCUUACCGUUCCCAACAUCAGCAUCACCAGGGGUCCUACUGGUGGCCCCAACGUCCCUGCGCCCACCGGUGGCCCAGUGCCUACCGACGGCAGCCCUGCGCAGAACCCGGGUGCCAGCACUGUUGCUCCGCCCCCUGUCACGGGCACUGGUGGCGUUCCGGUGCCUUCUGCUACCGGCAACGUCCCCGUGACUGCUGGUGCAGGCCGCAUCGGAGCCAGCCUGGGUGCAGGCCUGGCUGUCAUUGCCGCCAUUGCCGCCAUUUAA